UUUCCUUUUCAGGGGGACUAUGUAUGGAUGGACCUCAAGACAGGCCGGGAAUUUGACGUGCCCAUUGGAGCGGUGGUCAAGUUGUGUGAUUCCGGGCAGAUUCAGGUGGUAGAUGAUGAAGAAAAUGAACAUUGGAUAUCCCCUCAGAAGGCCAGUCACAUCAAGCCAAUGCACCCAACCUCUAUCCAUGGCGUGGAGGACAUGAUCCGCCUGGGAGACCUGAACGAAGCUGGCAUCCUCCGGAACCUGCUGAUUCGAUACCGGGAACAUCUCAUCUACACAUACACAGGCUCGAUCCUGGUGGCCGUGAAUCCUUACCAGCUGCUUCCAAUCUACUCACCGGAACAGAUUCGCCUCUACACGAACAAAAAGAUUGGUGAAAUGCCGCCCCACAUCUUUGCCAUCGCAGACAACUGCUACUUCAACAUGCAGCGGAACAAUAAAGACCAGUGUUGCAUUAUAAGUGGAGAAUCGGGCGCAGGGAAAACGGAAAGCACCAAACUGAUUCUGCAGUUCCUGGCGGCGAUCAGUGGGCAGCACUCGUGGAUCGAGCAGCAGGUUCUGGAAGCCAACCCCAUCCUAGAAGCUUUCGGGAACGCAAAGACCAUUCGCAAUGACAACUCCAGCCGAUUCGGUAAAUACAUCGACAUCCACUUCAACAAGCGGGGCGCUAUCGAGGGAGCCAAGAUCGAGCAGUACUUGCUGGAGAAAUCUCGUGUUUGUCGCCAGGCCCACGAUGAGAGAAACUACCACGUGUUUUACUGCAUGCUGAAAGGAAUGACACAUGAGCAGAAGAAGCUGCUAGGCCUCGGGAAAGCAGCCGACUAUAACUACCUCUCUAUGGGUAACUGCAUUACGUGCGACGGCAGAGAUGACAGCAAAGAAUACUCCAACAUCCGGGCGGCCAUGAAAGUCCUCAUGUUCACUGACACCGAGAACUGGGAGAUCUCCAAGCUCUUGGCCGCCAUCUUGCACAUGGGGAACUUGCGGUAUGAAGCUCGAACCUAUGACAACCUGGAUGCUUGUGAAGUUCUUCACUCGGCGUCUCUGAUCACUGCGGCUGCGUUAUUGGAGGUAGAUCCUCAGGACGUGAUGAACUGUCUCACCAGCCGGACUAUUAUCACACGGGGGGAGACCGUCUCCACCCCCCUCAGCAUGGAGCAGGCUCUGGACGUGAGGGAUGCUUUUGUAAAGGGAAUCUAUGGAAGGCUUUUUGUGUGGAUUGUGGAAAAGAUCAACGCGGCCAUUUACAGACCUCCUUCCCACGAGCACAAAAGCGUCAGGCGAUCCAUUGGGCUGCUUGAUAUCUUUGGCUUUGAGAACUUCGCCGUCAACAGUUUCGAACAACUCUGCAUCAACUUCGCCAACGAGAACCUGCAACAGUUCUUCGUCCGCCACGUCUUCAAGCUGGAGCAGGAGGAGUACAACCUGGAGAACAUCAACUGGCAGCACAUCGAAUUCACCGACAACCAAGACGCCCUGGACAUGAUCGCCAUCAAGCCCAUGAACAUCAUCUCGCUCAUCGAUGAGGAGAGCAAAUUCCCCAAGGGAACAGACACCACCAUGCUGAACAAGCUGAACUCCCAGCACAAGCUGAACAGCAACUACAUCCCACCUAAAAACAACUAUGACACCCAGUUCGGCAUCAACCACUUCGCCGGCAUUGUGUACUACGAAACGAAUGGGUUUCUGGAGAAAAACAGGGACACGCUGCACGGGGACAUCAUCCAGUUAGUCCACUCUUCAAGAAACAAAUUCAUCAAGCAGAUUUUCCAGGCCGAUGUAGCCAUGGGGGCAGAGACCAGGAAGCGUUCCCCCACUCUCAGCAGCCAGUUCAAGCGGUCUCUGGAGCUGCUGAUGAGGACCCUCAGUGUUUGCCAGCCCUUCUUCGUCCGCUGCAUCAAACCCAACGAGUACAAGAAACCGAUGCUGUUUGAUCGGGAGCUCUGUGUCCGUCAGCUAAGAUACUCCGGGAUGAUGGAGACCAUUCGGAUCCGCCGGGCUGGGUACCCAAUCCGCUAUACGUUUGUGGAGUUUGUGGACCGGUACCGCGUUCUCAUGCCGGGGGUGAAGCCAGCGUAUAAACAGGGAGAUCUGCGUGGAACAUGCCAGCGCAUUGCAGAAGCUGUUUUGGGGAAAGAUGAUGACUGGCAGAUUGGCAAGACGAAGAUUUUCCUGAAGGAUCACCACGAUAUGCUCCUGGAGAUUGAGAGGGACAAGGCCAUCACAGACAAAGUGAUCCUCAUCCAGAAAGUGGUCCGCGGAUUUAAGGACAGGUCCAAUUUCCUGAAAGUGAGGAAUGCCGCUCUGAUGAUUCAGCGAAACUGGAGGGGGCAUAAUUGCCGGCGAAAUUAUGGUGCGAUGAGGAUCGGUUUCCUGAGGCUGCAGGCCCUCUACCGUUCCCGGAAGCUCCACAAGCAAUACUACAUGGCUCGCAAGCGCAUCAUUGAGUUCCAGGCAAGAUGUCGGGGUUUCUUGGUGCGUCAGGCUUUCCGCCACCGCCUCUGGGCCGUCUUUACCAUCCAGGCGUAUGCCAGGGGUAUGAUCGCUCGUCGCCUGUUUAAGCGCUUGAAGGGCGAGUAUCGCCGCCGUCUGGAAGCAGAGAAGCUGCGGCUGAUGGAAGAGGAACGGCUCAGGAAGGAAAUGAGCGCAAAGAAAGCCAAGGAGGAAGCUGAGAAGAAACACCAAAUACGCCUGGCCCAGCUAGCUCGGGAAGACGCUGAAAGGGAAGUGAAGGAAAAGGAGGAAACUCGACGGAAGAAGGAGUUCCUGCAGAAGAUGGAGAAGGCCCGGAAUGAGCCGGUGAACGACUCUGACAUGGUGGACAAGAUGUUUGGAUUCCUGGGAACAACAACCUCUAUGCCUGGCCAAGAAGGACAAGCCCCUAAUGGAUUUGAGGAUCUCGAGAGGGUUCCAAAGGAGUUGGAGGAAGAUGACCUGGACACAGCCUUACCCUUGCCGGAGGAAGAGGAGGAGGAUCUCUCCGAGUACAAAUUUGCCAAAUUUGCUGCCACGUACUUCCAGGGCACAACCACACACACGUACAUCCGCCGCCCUCUCAAACAGCCACUCUUGUACCACGAGGAUGAGGGAGACCAGCUGGCCGCCCUCGCCGUGUGGAUUACGAUCCUUCGCUUCAUGGGCGACCUUCCUGAACCGAAAUACCACACAGCGAUGAGCGACGGCAGCGAGAAGAUUCCGGUGAUGACCAAAAUUUACGAGACGCUCGGGAAGAAGACGUACAAGAAGGAGCUCCAGGCCUUACAAGGCGAAGGAGAGAGCGCUCACAUAGACGGCCACAAGAAGAACAGCGUGCGGCACAAACUGGUGUCUCUGACCCUCAAGAAGAAAUCCAAGCUAACCGAGGAGGUGACCAAGCGACUUCACGAUGGCGAGUCCACAGUCCAGGGCAACAGCAUGCUGGAAGACCGUCCGACUUCGAACCUGGAGAAACUCCAUUUCAUUAUUGGCAACGGCAUCCUCAGGCCGGGAUUAAGAGAUGAAAUUUAUUGUCAGAUCUGCAAACAGCUGACCCAAAACCCUUCCAAAAGCAGCCACGCCAGAGGGUGGAUCCUCAUGUCUCUCUGUGUAGGGUGCUUUGCCCCUUCGGAAAAAUUUGUCAAGUACUUGAGAAACUAUAUCAAUGGAGGCCCUCCGGGUUAUGCCCCAUAUUGCGAAGAGCGGCUUAGGAGGACAUUUGCAAACGGGACCAGGACUCAGCCCCCGAGCUGGCUAGAACUUCAGGCAACCAAAUCUAAGAAACCCAUCAUGUUGCCGGUCACGUUCAUGGACGGGACCACGAAGACUCUGUUGACCGACUCGGCAACAACAGCCAAAGAGCUGUGUAGCUCUUUGGCUGACAAGAUAAGCCUGAAGGACCACUUUGGAUUCUCGCUGUACAUUGCUCUUUUCGACAAGGUAUCUUCCCUAGGAAGUGGCAGUGAUCACGUGAUGGACGCCGUCUCUCAGUGCGAGCAGUAUGCCAAGGAGCAGGGGGCCCAGGAACGCAAUGCCCCCUGGCGACUUUUCUUCAGGAAGGAGAUCUUCACUCCCUGGCACAACCCCAGUGAGGACACCGUGGCCAGGAACCUGAUUUAUCAGCAGAUUGUGCGGGGGGUGAAGUUUGGCGAAUACCGGUGUGAUAAGGAAGAAGACUUGGCCGAGUUGGCUUCUCAGCAAUACUACGUGGACUACGGCUCUGAGAUGGUCUUGGAGCGGCUCCUGAAUCUGAUUCCCUCCUACAUCCCAGACCGAGAGAUCACCCCUUCGAAAACCUUGGAGAAGUGGGCUCAGUUUAUCAUCGCUGCCCACAAAAAGGGAAUCUAUACUCAGAAGAGAGCAGACCCCAAAAAAGUCAAGGAAGAGGUGGUGGAUUUCGCCCGCUUCAAGUGGCCAUUGCUCUUCUCCAGGUUCUAUGAAGCUUUCAAAUUCUCAGGGCCCAGCCUUCCCAAAAACGAUGUGAUUGUAGCUGUGAACUGGACGGGAGUCUACUUUGUAGAUGAACAAGAGCAGGUCCUUCUGGAACUUUCCUUCCCAGAGAUUACAGCCGUCUCCAGCAGCAGAGGAGGGAAACUGCAGGGUCAGAGCUUCACCAUGGCCACCAUCAAAGGAGAUGAAUACACUUUCACCUCCAACAACGCUGAGGACAUCCGAGACCUUGUAGUGACUUUCCUGGAAGGCCUGAGGAAAAGGUCAAAAUACGUGGUCACUCUCCAAGACAAUCCAAUUCCUGUGAGUGAAGAUUCUGGCUUCCUCGGCUUCCUCAAAGGGGACUUGAUCGUUCUGGACCAGGACACGGGAGAGAACGUGAUGAACUCCGGCUGGGCCAACGGAGUCAACGAGAGGACCAAGCAGAAAGGAGAUUUCCCGACAGACUCUGUUUACGUCCUUCCCACUGUCACCACACCUCCUCCGGAGAUCGUGGCGUUGGUUACUAUGACCCCGGACCAGAGACAGGAUGUGAUCAGAACGGCCUCGUUGGCGUCAUCCGAUAGCGAAGAGAGAAUGAAGCCGUACACCCUGGAAGAAUUCUCCUAUGAUUAUUUUCGGCCUCCCCCGAAGCACACCCUCAGCAGGGUCAUGAUCACCAAAAACCGAGGGAAAGACAAGAUGUGGUCCUACACCCGCGAGCCCCUCAAGCAGCCCCUGCUCAAGAAGAUCCUGGGCAGCGAAGAGCUCUCGCAAGAAGCCUGCAUGGCCUUCAUCGCCAUCCUGAAGUACAUGGGCGACUACCCUUCCAAAAGAACCCGCUCUGUGAACGAGCUCACCGACCAGAUCUUCGAAGGGGCUCUGAAAGCCGAGCCGCUCAAAGACGAGAUCUAUUCCCAGAUCCUGAAGCAGCUGACUGACAACCACAUCAAGUACAGCGAAGAGAGAGGGUGGGAGCUGCUCUGGCUGUGCACGGGCCUCUUCCCUCCUAGCAACGUCCUCCUGCCCCACGUCCAGCGCUUCAUCCAGUCUCGGAAACAUCACCCACUGGCCACCGACUGCAUGCAGAGGCUUCAGAAGGCCCUGAGGAAUGGCUCUCGCAAGUACCCUCCCCACCUGGUGGAAGUGGAGGCGAUCCAGCACAAAACAACGCAGAUUUUCCAUAAAGUGUACUUCCCAGAUGACACCGACGAGGCGUUUGAAGUAGAAUCCAGCACCAAAGCCAAGGACUUCUGCCAGAACAUCUCCACCCGGUUGUUGUUGAAGGCAUCGGAAGGGUUCAGCCUGUUUGUCAAAAUCUCUGACAAGGUCAUCAGUGUACCUGAAGGAGAUUUCUUCUUUGACUUUGUCAGACACCUGACAGACUGGAUAAAGAAAGCCCGGCCCGCAAAAGACGGGAUAGUGCCUUCUCUCACCUACCAAGUGUUCUUCAUGAAAAAGCUGUGGACCAACACCGUGCCUGGAAAGGAUUCGAUGGCCGACUCCAUCUUCCACUACUAUCAGGAAUUACCAAAGUAUCUCCGUGGCUACCAUAAAUGCACCCGGGAGGAGAUCCUGCAGCUAGGGGCCCUGAUCUAUCGAGUGAAAUUUGAGGACGACAAGUCCUAUUUCCCCAGCAUCCCCAAACUCCUGAAGGAGAUGGUGCCUGAACCUCUCAUUCGACAGCUGUCUCCAGACGACUGGAAGAGGUCCAUAGUGGCCUAUUUCAACAAGCACACCGGCAAAACGAGAGAAGAAGCCAAGCUUGCCUUCCUAAAGAUUGUGUACAAGUGGCCUACCUUUGGAUCAGCUUUCUUCGAAGUGAAGCAAACGACCGAUCCGAAUUACCCAGAGCUCCUCCUGAUUGCCAUCAAUAAGCACGGCGUCAGCCUCAUUGAUCGAAAGAGCAAGGAUAUCCUCAUCACUCACCCCUUCACAAAGAUCUCCAACUGGAGCAGCGGAAACACCUAUUUCCACAUCACCAUCGGCAACCUGGUGCGGGGAAGCAAGCUGCUCUGUGAGACGUCACUGGGCUACAAGAUGGACGACCUUCUGACCUCCUACAUCAGCCAGAUGCUGACAGCGAUGAGCAAACACAGGAGCGCAAAAGGCAGCAAGUGAACUGAGAGAAGUCACUGGCCGGCAACCCUGGCACUGCUCUGUCAGCUGGGGGCUGUGGGUCACCCCUGCAGCUGGGGGAAGACGUUCUCCACCCAUGUGUGGAAGAUGAGCCGGACUCCUUCGGAAAGCCUAUCAGACUCAGAUCCUGAAGAGUCGGGGCUAACCUCCCCUUCGAGCGAGGACGACUAUCUCUGAGGACAGCCUUCCAUUCGUAUCCCUCGCUGCCUCCGUUUCCUCUCUCGUUCUGGAUUUUUA